CUUUCCUCUGGAAAUAACUCAUUGACGCCAUCUUGAUUUGUCAAAUUUGCCGAUCAAGCCGCAAUAGCGUUACGCCGGAAAGUUUAUAUAAAUUAAUUCGUUAUUUGGUGCAGAAAUCUUAAUUAAAAAGCCAUAAUCAUGUCCGGUGGAAGCGGCGGCAAUAGAAAUGAGUGCAGAAUAUACGUCGGAAACCUACCCCCGGACAUAAGGACAAAGGACAUUCAAGAUCUCUUUUACAAAUUCGGCAAAGUUACAUUCGUUGAUUUGAAAAACAGAAAAGGUCCUCCAUUCGCAUUCGUGGAAUUCGAAGAUCCGAGGGACGCGGAGGACGCGGUGCGCGCGCGCGACGGGUACGACUACGACGGGUACCGGCUGCGCGUGGAGUUCCCGCGCGGCGGCGGCGGCGGCCGCGGGCCGCGCGGCCAGGGGGCCGAGCGCGCGCCGCGCGGCGCCGGCCGCGGCCCGCCCGCGCGCCGCUCCGAGUACCGCGUGCUCGUCACCGGCCUGCCGCCCUCGGGCUCGUGGCAGGAUCUGAAAGACCACAUGCGCGAGGCCGGCGACGUGUGCUUCGCGGACACGUUUAAAGAUGGCACCGGUGUGGUGGAGUUUUUGCGCCACGAGGAUAUGAAGUAUGCUGUGAAGAAGUUGGACGAUUCGAGGUUUAGAAGCCAUGAGGGCGAGGUUUCGUAUAUUCGAGUGAAGGAAGACUACGGCGGCGGGGGCGCCGACCGUUACAGUGGUGAUCGCGACAGGUCGCGGUCGUACUCGCCGCGGCGGCGCGGCUCGCCCACGUACUCGCCGGUGCGGCGCUCGUACUCGCGCUCGCGCAGCCGCUCGCCGCCGCCGCGCGCCUCGCGGGACCGCUCGCCGGCGCCCCGGGAGCGCGACCGCGACUACUGAACACUCGCCACCCCCAGCGGCGGCGGCGGUGGCGGCGCGGCGCGGCGACUAGCAUAAGUUUACCUUAAUGUAUAGCGACUUGCCUCCUGACACGACAAACAUAUUUUACAUGUAGACUGUUACACCAAGACUUAUUUGGUAAACUGUGUAUUAGAUUUGAGGAAUGACCGACAAAAAAUAGCAUUUCAAAUUUUGUCCUUUUUUUCUAGAGAUUGGUGAUAUUUUAGAAUAGAAAACAAAGCUAAUUUUAAAAAUGAAAUUGUUGAUAUAAUAUAUUGUAGUCAGGAGGUAUCUCGCGCGAUAUGACGAUUUGUAUGACUAAAAGCGUUUUCUUUUGUUUCAUCCACUGUGGAUUGGAUUGGCUCGGAGUUGCUUGCUGGAUGAGGGCGUAGGAUCGCGGAUAGGAUGCACUCUGCGCGGAUCUUUGGAUUUUUGGAUCGUACCGAAGGAUAUCGGAUCUUUGGAUUUUUUGGAUCGUACCGAAGGAUCGGAUCUAGGAUUUUUUGGAUCGGACCGAAGGAUCGGAUCUCGGGAUUUUUGGAUCGUUGCAAAGGAUUUUUGGAUCUCGGACUUGCUUAAAAACUUUCGGAUUGUGCGCCGGAUCGGAUCGGAUUGGACCGGACCAGGAUCACGGAUCUUUGGGUAUGAUUUUGAAAUUUUUGCAAAUAAUUCUUUCUGUUGAGUGCACGCGGGCCGCGCGGGCGAGGGACCCAAUGUUGCACCGACGUGUCUUACCUCUAAUGGCUCAAACACACUUGGAUUCACCAAAUAGUGAAUUCAAGCUAUUUGAGCCAUUAGAAUUAAUGAACGUUUUUGCAACUCGGCAGCAACCUCCAUUAUGUAACUUUGAUUAUAAGGCGAGACCAGCAAAGCUUGUAUGUAAUACACAACUCUGCGAGUCUGCCUUUCUACUAAACAUGAUAAUCCUUCAAAUAUUACAUUCAUGAAUUAAUAAUUACUAUUGUCAUUAUAAAUAAUCAUUAAAAACUAAUUUGAGUUCAUUGUGAUGCUUAUGAAUUUUUUAACGUACGUUAAAACGGUCAUUUCGUAUUUGGUGUUUUUAAGUACAAUUAUGUGUACCAAUGAAUUAAGGAUAUUUAAUAAGUUUUAGUUAUCCUUGCCGGCGUCACUCCAAAAUAUAUUGAUUUAAAUUAUGUGUAUAGUCAGUGUCAUGUAGCUGAUCUAUUUGUAUUUACUUUCACUAAUUCAAAGCUAUUUUGACACUUGAGUAUUAGUCGCGAUAAGUUAAAAUAAGGAACUUAAGAUUACGGUUUUAUUUUGGGUGGGCGGAAUGUUCAGUUUUCGCUUUUUAAGGAUUUUGAUUAAGUCAAAGUUAAAAAAUAUUGGUUUUGCUAUAUACUUAAGUUAUUACUUAUUGCGGCUUUAGAUGUAUUAGGGAUAAUUGAGACGCAUUCCAAACAGUGUUUGUACUGUAAAUUGUUUGAAUUGGUACUAUUGGUGGUAUUUGUUUUGGAGCGGCGCCGGCGCGAGCACCGACUCGCGGCGACUACACGGAUGUUAUUAUGGGAUUUUAAACGAUUACAUUUUUGUCAUUAUAUCCACAUAUAGACGCACCACACGAAUUGACUUUAUCCUAAAUUCAGAACCUGAAUUUUUAUGAUCACAUUGUCUAUGACACCUGUUUAUGGAAAUAUUUCUAUGACAGAAUAAGUGUGUGGUGCGGCUAACAAACAUUUUUUUUAAUAUAUAGCCUAACUAGUGGUUGAACAUGAUAAUUAACAUAGUCAAAAGGAUAGCUCGCAAUUAUUGAAGCAUAACUAACACAUUUUGGAACAUCACCUUUUGAUGUCAAUCGCUCAAUGACCCAAUUCUCAGCUCGAUCGAGGCAAACAUUGGCCCUUAUAACUGGGUCAGUGCCCUGAUACAAUGUUAUAUUACAGAUUCCUCUCGCAUGAGCUGUUAUAGUCAUUGUUAUUUUUAUUAGGCUCAAUCGAUUAUAAAGUGUCAAUACUAAAUCGAUCUGAGGUCAUGAUACAAAGUUAGCGCCUUGGCCUUUUUGAGCCGCGGCCAAGAAUCAUUUCCUUGGCGCCUCUUGGGCGACAACUCGGCUAUUAUGACCGUGUCGGGACUAAUUGACGAGUAUAUUCGUAGCACAAUCGAUAUUCGAGGUUAAAUAUACGAAUUUGCUAUGAAAAUAUAGUUCAACAAGAUUCGCUUUCAACGAGACAUCGUAAAAUCUUGAACUUUUCCGUUACAAAAAAAAUUGAAUUUGCAUAUCAGACGUAUCAGUAUUUUUCAUAUAUAAAUUAUUUCAUCAUAAAUUAUCUCCAAAUAUGAGUCGAGCUUUUGGGUCAAUAGGUUAGUGGUAUAUUGCUAAUAAAAUUUUGGUGUGGUAGAAAGUAGCUCACAAGUCACCCAUCUACACUCAAAUUUAAAUAGGCUAGUUUUAUAGGGUUAGAAUAAGUAAAUUAUUGUAUAGUAAAAUAUUAGCAGAACUUUAAUUUUUUGUUUGACAUCUGAUCGGCCUGACUAUAACUAUGAAUAUUGUUAAAAUCCCGUGUACCAUCCUUGUAUCGCUUACCCUCGCCCUUCGCGAUUCCCUAACACUUGCUUUUCGAUGUUUAUACACCCGUAGGCUUAGCACAAGUGCGCACUAACUUGCGCGCGAGAUAGACUACCCGAUUUUCUAAAAUGUAUUCAUUGGGAUGAUGACACAUGAUUUUUAUAACAUUUAGUUAAAUCAAUUGAAAAAGAGCCAUCACAAUAAAUUGGACACGAAAAAAAAAAUUAACAAAAACAUACAAAACCACAAAGUUUCCAUUUUUAGGUUUUAUUUUUAUAUUUCUAAAGUGAUAAAAAUGUUCCUUAUAUUGAAAAAUACAUUGCAUAGCAACUAUACAUAAACGCAAUAUUUUACCCUCAAUCAUAGCAUAGUAGCAAUUCUUGUUUUCUAUACUUCAAGACGGCGUCUACUCAAGCGUGACGUCACUUCAGAGUACCGUUUCAAUCAUCUAGCCUUUUAAUAAUGGACGGGUAGUCUAUCUCUUGCGCGAUACUGCCGCGGCGCACUCGUGCUAGCCCUAUAGGCUCCGGAGCGAUCGCUUCCCGCCCUAGUAGCUAACUAGCAUGCUACGCCGAGUGUGUGACUGGUCUUUACUCUGAGCAAGCGGGAGGUAUGUUAGACGGCCGAGCGCUAGGCGAGGUCUAAAUAUCACAAAUGUAUAUGUACUUGUAAUUUAGGUUCUGCAUUCCAUGCCGACAGUUUGAUGGACUCAAUAAAUUCCUUUUAAA